GUCCGAACUCUUUAAACCAAGCGGUCACCUUCCUUGCAUCUUCCCGUUCCCGCGACUCCACCAACCGCAGCCGUCUGUUUCCUUUCAUUAAACUCAAAUUCAAAAUUAACUGUGCUGUUAACAGUUAGACAACUCAGAGCUAUUUUCUCAAUCGCCCUUGUGCUGUACUUUCUAAAUUACAAGUCUAAACCCAGAAAAGAUAGGGCAGAAUCACUAAUCCCCACUCCACCAGGUACCACUGGAUGGCCCCUCAUCGGCGAAACUUUAGAAUAUCUGUCCACUACCAAGGCAGGUAUCCCUGAGAAAUUCAUCAAUGAUAGAAGGAAAAGCUCGUCACCUCCUGGUGGCCUAGCUCUGUCGAUAAAUUCUUUGAUACUCAAAAUGCAUCCAAGACUGAGGAGUCCAUGAAGAUGCGCAAAUUUGUGACCCCAGUUUUGAAGCCAGACACUCUCCGCAAGUAUGUCCAUAUUGUUGAUGCUAUAACAAGGCAACAUCUUCGGGAUCAUUGGGGUGGCAAACAAGUGGUUGAGGUUUACCCUUUCGCUAAGGAUCUCACCUUCGUCCUAGCGUGCCGUUUGCUUUUAGGAAUUGAUGAUGAGGAAGCCAUUUCACAGCUUCAGAAGCCAUUUGCCCACUUUUCAGCAGGGCUUCUGUCAUUGCCACUUGAUCUUCCAGGGACCAAUUUUAGGCGUGCUAUUAAAGCAGCAAAGCAGCUCCGCAAUGAGUUCGAAGUUAUGAUUAAGCGCUGGAAGACUGAUACUUCACAAUCACAAGGCAUAUUGUCCCAACAUUUAGUAGAAAUCAAUGAGGAGGGUCAAUCUACAAGUGAAUCCGAAAUGGCAACCAGGAUUUUAGCUUUGAUAAGUGCUUCUUAUGACAAUGUAAGCACUGCAAUGACCUUUGUCAUCAAGUAUCUAGCAGAGAUGCCCAAUGUGUACGAUGCAGUCUUAAGAGAGCAAAUGGGGAUUGCAAAAGCAAAAGAAGCAGAAGUGGGAUUGAAUUGGGAUGACAUACAAAAGAUGAGGUACUCAUGGAAUGUGGCAAGUGAAGUGCUAAGACUCCAUCCACCAGCUAAUGGAGCAUUUAGAGAGGUCAUCCAUAACUUCAUGUACGCUGGAUAUCUAAUUCCUAAGGGCUGGAAGCUGCAUUGGAAUGCAUUUGCUACGCAUAAAAGUGCAGAAUACUUCCCGGAGCCAGAAAAGUUUGAGCCAUCGAGGUUUGAAGGAAAUGGGAUAGUACCUUACUCAUAUGUUCCAUUUGGAGGAGGAGCUCAUAUGUGUCCUGGGAAAGAAUAUGCCCGAAUUGCAAUGCUAGUUUUGAUGCAUAAUGUGGUUACAAAUUUCAAGUUGGAGAAGGUGUUUCCUAAUGAGAAAGUUAUAGGCCUUCCUGUCUUAAGGCCAGCCAAAGGCCUUCCACUGCGCCUUCAUCCUCAGCAUUCUUUAAGUACAUAAUUUAUUUUAGAGGACCUCCAUAAUCUACCUGGAUUAAUUUCAAUUCUAAUCCAAUGUUUUUAGUUUAUUUUUGAUAAAUAAUCUAUUAAGCAAUUAGCUGUUCCACA